AUGGUUCGGACCAAAAGGAAGGGUGCGCCGGCACCUAUUGCAGCAGGUGAUGCGCCCACGCCUGUCGUUCCACCAAAAAAAAAGAUGGCUAAGGGUUGGGUUGAGGUAGAGCCAUUCGACGAAUCAGUCAUAGAUCCUCGGCUACGCAAUUCAGGGCAUGAAGAUCUUCCCCGUACUCGGCCAGGGAAUGCAAACAAGCAGCCAGGAAUGGUUGACGUCACUCCAAGUAGACCUUGGAAAAGUUCUGCUGAAGUUGGCAAAGAAAAGUCAGAUCGUGCUGAACAAUCUAAAAAGGAUGACGAGGAGCUUCGGAAUAAGCGAAAGGCUGUUGCAGGGCUCGAAGAUGCGAUGGUUAUCGAAGAAGUUGCUAGGCAGGCAAGCGCCGCAAAACCAGUGUGUGGGCCUGUUAUUGCCAAGGUACCGCGCCCAGUUGCUCACACUCAGGAUGACAAAGACGGUGCGAGUACUUCCAGAGGCACUUUAACUACAGCUCACUCACGUUGGCAGCGCCAGCUUCAAAACGAGCCCAAGAACGUUAAAUUCCAUUAG